AUGACCCCCCUCUCAUUUCAGAAUGGCCCCCCUCCAUUUCAGAAUCUCACCGAUGCAGAGAAGAAAUACGCGCAAAUCGAGAAAGAAGGACUUGGUCUCGUCUUCGCAGUUCGGAAGUUCCACCGCUACAUAUUUGGUCGACGCUUCACGCUUCUGACGGACCACAAGCCGCUUCUCACCAUCUUUGGCAACAAGAAAGGACUGCCGGUCUACUCAGCCAACCGUCUUCUACGCUGGUCGCUGAUUCUUCGUGGAUACGACUUCAAGAUCGAAUAUCGCUCCACGACAAGCUUUGGACAAGCCGAUGCACUCUCUCGACUCAUAUCCGAAGACAUCCAGCCCACGGAAGACAUCGUCAUCGCAAAAGCAACGCUUGACGCCGACGCUGAGUACCAAGCCGCAGCCGUCUUCCUACCAGUCACGAUGACCGACGUCGCCAAAGAAACCAUGAUCGACGAAGUUCUGAAGGAUGUCAUCGCCUCCGUUCGCUCCAACAUUGGGACGAAGAAGCUCUCCGGCACAGCCGCCAAGUACCUGCAGCAGCCUCAACAACUAUCGCUCCAGGAUGACUGCCUCUUCUUCGGUUCCCGCAUCGUCAUCCCAACCACACUCCGCAACCGAAUCCUGAAACAACUACACGAAGGACAUCCCGGAGUGGCACGGAUGAAAGUACUGGCUCGUCAGUACGUCUUCUGGACGAACAUCAACGCCGACAUCGAAUCAUUCGUCAAGAAAUGCCGCAACUGCCAAGAAGCUCAGAAAGCUCCAAUCAAGACGGAACUCUUCUCCUGGCCGAAAGAAGAUCGACCAUGGAACCGCGUCCACAUCGACUACGCUGGCCCAUUUCUGGGGAAGUACUACCUCGUCAUCGUCGAUGCCUAUUCGAAAUGGCCCGAGGUCAUCGAGAUGACAUCGACGACAAGCACCGCCACGAUCGAGCAGCUGACGCAACUCUUCGCGCAGUUUGGAAAUCCGUAA